CCCCGGGGACCCCGCCGCGGGCACCAUGGGCGCUACCCACUCCGCGUCCGCGGAGGUGCGGGAGCUCGAGGGCAAGACGGGCUUCUCGUCAGACCAGAUCGAGCAGCUCCACCGGAGGUUUAAGCACCUGAGUGGAGACCAGCCCACCAUUCGGAAGGAGAACUUCAACAAUGUCCCUGACCUGGAGCUCAACCCAAUCCGAUCCAAAAUUGUCCGUGCCUUCUUCGACAACAGGAACCUGCGUAAGGGAUCCAGUGGCCUGGCCGACGAGAUCAACUUCGAGGACUUUCUGAUCAUCAUGUCCUACUUCCGGCCCAUCGACAGCACCAUGGACGAGGAGCAGGUGCAGCUGUGCCGGAAAGAGAAGCUGCGAUUUCUGUUCCACAUGUACGACUCGGACAGCGACGGCCGCAUCACCCUGGAAGAGUAUCGAAAUGUGGUCGAGGAGCUGCUCUCGGGAAACCCCCACAUCGAGAAGGAGUCGGCGCGCUCCAUCGCCGACGGGGCCAUGAUGGAGGCGGCCAGCGUCUGCGUGGGGCAGAUGGAGCCUGAUCAGGUGUAUGAAGGGAUCACCUUCGAUGACUUCCUGAAGAUCUGGCAGGGAAUAGACAUCGAGACCAAGAUGCACGUCCGCUUCCUUAACAUGGAAACCAUGGCCCUGUGCCACUGACCGCCCCUCCCCCACGAAGAACCCGCACUUGGACCCGGGCAGCAAGGCCCGCGGGGGCCCUUUUGCUACAGCUCUUGUAAAUAGUCAACCCUCC